GAAUCAUGUAAUUGACUGGCAGUUAGGAAGCUCCAUCCUGCUCGCAGACAAUAAUAACUGCUGAAACUUUUCUCAGUAACCAAACAUUUUUCAAAGCAAAACUCAAAUGAUCAAUUCUCAGUGUAUCUCAAUCUCUUAUGUAGUAUCAUAGAUAUGAAAGAAAGGAACACUACUUCAACACUCAACCGCAUUUUAGUAAAUUGUGCUGCGAAGGCAAAAGAUUAUGGCAACUGUGUUGCAGCAAAGGUUCCAGAAAUUGAGCGUGAUAUGUGCCUGAAAGAAUUUGUUGCAUUGAAGAACUGCAUGCAGAAUAUGCUUCGGAGAAAGGUCUAAGCAUUUCUCUUCAAUAUUUUAGGCAUCGACUAAGCAAAGUUCAUUUAGACUUUCAGGGGGUAAUGGACAUCAUUCAAAUACAAAAAAGAGAAAACAAGAUUAUCUCUCUGGGACGUGAUUGAAGCAUAUGAUCUGGUCGUAGAUUGUUCAUUUCAAUAUUUGCUAUAUACUCUUUUUAUUUUGUUCUCAAGUUUGAGAGGCAAAGAACUCAAGAAUGUCUGGGAAAGCAUCAGGUUCACGGCUAAAUGUUGGCUUUAGUGGGUCUGGUGGGCUGUCACAUGUUUUUGUUCAAUAUCCACCUUUAAGAUGUAGCAUUGCAGGAUCUAGGGGUUUUUAUUAUGAUGAUGGAAGUAAGCUGCUACUUGCCCCAACAUCUAAUCAGGUUUUUUCUUGGAAGACUAUUCCCUUUGAUCCUUAUGCUGCUCCUGUAUCUGAUUCAAUUAGUGAAGGCCCUAUCUUAUCUAUUCGUUAUUCUUUAGAUGCAAAGUUCAUAGCAAUACAGCAUUCUAGUCAAGAGAUACAAUUUUGGCAUAGAGAAACAGGGGAAACCUUUAGUCACAAGUGCAGGUCAGAGUUAGAGAGUAUCCUGGGAUUCUUCUGGACUGAUUGUCCACUCUGUGAUUUUGUACUUGUGAAAACAAGUGGGCUCGAUUUCCUGGCCUGUGAUCAUGAGUCGAAAUUGCUUAAUUUGGUAGAGACAAGGAAAUUGAACGUGAGUUGGUAUGUCUAUACGCACGAGAGUCGCUUGGUUCUUCUUGCUUCAGGAAUGCAAUGCAAGACAUUCACUGGAUUUCAGCUAUCAUCUGCAGGAAUUGUUCGCUUGCCAAAGUUUGAUAUGGCAAUGGCAAAAUCUGAAGCUAACAGUAAGCCUGUCCUAGCUGCUGAAGACAUCUAUAUUGCGACUGUCUAUGGGAGGAUAUACUGCUUGCAAAUUGAUAGAGUGGCAAUGCUACUUCACUCAUAUAGGUUUUAUCGUGAUGCUGUUGUACAACAGGGUUCCUUGCCAAUAUAUUCAAGCAAGAUUGCUGUGAGUGUAAUUGAUAAUGUACUGCUCAUCCAUCAAGUGGACGCAAAGGUUGUUAUACUAUAUGACAUAUUUGCUGAUUCUCGAGCACCUAUAUCUGCUCCACUCCCUCUACUCUUUAGGGGUUUCCCUAGGUCAACUACUUCUUCACGAUCUAGUGGCAAAGAGAGUGAAAGUGCAGAGGCGGACACAAGCAAUCAUGAAACAAUCAUUUAUGGAGAUAACUGGACAUUUCUGGUUCCUGACCUCAUAUGUGAUGUUGCUAAUAAGUUGUUGUGGAAGGUCCAUCUAGACUUAGAGGCAAUUUCUGCAAGUAGCUCUGAGGUUCCUUCAGUCCUGGAGUUCCUGCAGCGGCGAAAGUUGGAAGCUAAUAAGGCCAAACAGUUAUGCCUGGCAAUAACACGUACUAUCAUCUUGGAAAGAAGACCAGUGACCAUGAUUUCCAGGGCAAUAGAUGUACUGGUUACUAAUUACUCUUACUCUAUCAAAACCGGCAGCUAUUUCAAGGGAAUAAAAGUUGAGAAGACUUCAUCGGCCAGUGGCACACAUGUUAGUCCCAGGUCCAAUGACAGUGUGUCUGCAAGUGGAGUUGAUGCACUUGAUAAAUCAUCGAAACAGGAACCUAGUGCUCAUGUUUUGAAUGAAUCACUCAGUAGAUCUUCAAAUCCUUCCACUUCAGAUUCCGAAGACAAUGCACGCUACAAUGCAAUCAAUACUAACAGGAAAAACUCCUUAGGUGCUGAAAAUGCUAGCACUGAAGUUCAGCCAUCAUCUUCUCAUUCUCAGAAUCUUGGACUGAGUAACAACCCAUUACAUGCCAAUGCGCCUGAGGGGCAGGAGUUGCAACUUUCUUCGCCAGCAAUUUCACCUGAUGAAAUGUAUAGCUUUGUGUUUGCUCCAGUUGAGGAAGAAAUGGUGGGAGAACCAUCUUACUUGGUUUCCAUCAUUGUGGAAUUCCUUCGCAGCACAAAUCUAGAAAAGAUUAGAGUUCAUCCAAACCUCUAUGUGUUGACAGUACAACUUCUAUCCCGCAAUGAGCGAUAUACAGAGCUCACAUUAUUCAUCAUAAACAAGGUUCUUGAGCCUUCAAAAGAAGUAGCAAUGCAACUCCUAGAGUCUGGUCGUCAGAACUUCCAAAUCAGGAAGCUGGGUCUGGAUAUGUUGAGACAGCUCUCUUUACAUCAUGACUAUGUGGUGCAGCUGGUGCAAGAUGGGUACUAUCUUGAAUCCUUGCGCUAUGCAAGAAAGCACAAGGUCAAUUCUGUGCGGCCUGCGUUGUUUCUUGAAGCGGCUCUGGCUUCCAAUGAUUCGCAACUUCUUGCUGCAGUUCUAAGAUUCUUUUCAGACUUAAUUCCUGGAUUUAUAAACACUUCAGAUCACCAUACAUAUUAUCUCAUUCUCAAUGAGAUGAACUCAGCUAUAGCAACUUGAGCGAUGAUCAGUUUUCUGAAUAUGACUUUUGAGAACUACCAAUAACAUUAUCUACUUAGAGAAAGGAAGAGAAUUUACAUUUCUAUCCA